GCGAGGUAAAAUAAGGUAGGGUAAAUCGGGGUCAGGUGUUGGUGGUGGUGGUGACCCCUUCCCGUUUUCCCAUUGGCCGCUUCAGUCUCCCUCCAACAUGCUGUGGGUGUGGGUGUGCUGCCUCGCCGCUGUCGCCGCCGUCCCCCAGUCCCCAGUGAGGACGGCAGACGAGGCAUCAACGGAUCUGGACCAGCUGGAAGCCGAGGCAAGGAGCUUUUUGAAGGAGAUUGACGAGAGAGGGUCGAAGGAAUGCACAAAGGCCACCAUGGCGAGCUGGAACUAUGCUUCUGAUAUUACGGAGAAGCACAAGAAGGAGAAGGCCGCCGCACAGCUCAAGUUCGCCUCGUGGGAGAAGGAGGCGUGGGAGAGAGUGCAGGAGUGGGAUGGCCGCUGGCAGAAGCUACGUGACCCCUUCCUCAGGAGACAGUUCAAGUUUAUGUCUGUCCUGGGCACGGCGGCGCUGCAGAAGAAGGAGCUCGAGCAGUACAACAGCAUCGUGACGGAGAUGACGACGAUUUACAGCACAGCCAAAAUCUGCGACUACAAGAAGAAGAAAUCAAACGUACAAAAUUGCAAGCUCUCCCUCGAACCAGAUCUGACCCGAAUCCUGAGAACGAGUCGGGAUUACGCGGAGCUCGAACACGUGUGGAAGCAGUGGAGGUCUGAGUCGGGGCGGCGGAUGAGAGAUCACUACCAGCUCUUCGUCCAGCUCGCUAAUAGGGCCGCCAAGUUGAACGGGUUUGAGAACAUGGGUGAUAUGUGGCUGUACCCCUACGAGAGUGAGACCUUCAGGGGGGAUGUGCAGCACUUGUGGGACCAGCUGAAGCCUCUGUACCAGCAGCUUCACGCCUACGUCAGGAGGAAGCUGAGGGAGUACUACGGCGAGGACAAGGUGGGUCGCCGAGGUCCCAUCCCUGCCCACCUCCUUGGGAACAUGUGGUCACAAUCCUGGGCUCAUAUCUAUGACUUGGCUAUCCCCUACCCCGGCAAGACCUCGGUGGAUGUGACCCCGCAGAUGGUGGCCCAGGGUUACAACGCGCGGAAGAUGUUCGAGCUUUCCGAUGAGUUCUUCGUCUCGCUGAACUUGACUCGCAUGCCUCAGGAGUUCUGGGAGCACUCCAUCAUCGAGAAGCCUCAGGGACGGGAGCUGGUGUGCCACGCCUCUGCCUGGGACUUCUGUAACGGCAAGGACUUCAGAAUAAAACAGUGCACGGAGCCCACCAUGAUGGACCUCAUCACUGUGCACCACGAGAUGGGCCACAUCCAGUAUUACCUGCAGUACAAACACCAGCCCAUGGUCUUCAGGGAAGGAGCCAACCCAGGUUUCCACGAGGCGGUAGGGGAUGUUCUAGCCCUCAGCGUGGCCACCCCCAAACACUUGCAGAAGGUGGGGCUGCUGGAGGAGGUGGAGGAGAGCGAUGAGGCGGACAUCAACUUCCUGAUGAACAUGGCGCUUGACAAGAUCACCUUCCUGCCGUUUGGGUACCUCAUCGACCGUUGGCGCUGGGACGUCUUCAGCGGCAAGACCCAACCCAAGGACUGGAACUGUGCCUGGUGGAAGCUGAGGUACGAGAUCCAGGGCAUCAAGCCACCGGUUAUGCGCUCCGAGUACGACUUCGACCCCGGCGCUAAAUACCACAUGCCCGCCAAUGUCCCCUACAUCAGGUACUUUGUGAGCUUUGUCGUCCAGUUCCAGUUCCACAAGGCGCUGUGCAUGAAGGCCGGGGAGUACGACCCACAGGACCCCGCCAAGCCACUGCACAAGUGUGACAUCUACCGCUCCACAGAGGCCGGCAACGCUCUCGGGGACAUGCUGCAGCUGGGCUCAUCCAAGGAGUGGCCGGAUGCUAUGGAGGAGCUGACCGGCGGGCGUGUGAUGGAUGCGUCUGUCAUCCGCGAGUACUUCAUGCCCCUGGAGAUGUGGCUGAAGCAGGACAACGAGAAACAUGGAGAAUUUGUGGGCUGGGAGGCUGAUGGCGAGUACUGCAGCUCCGAGGGGAUGAAGGAAGAUGCCAGGAGUGAACCCAGCUCCGCCCCCUACUGCUCCUGCUGCCCCGCCCCCCUGCUGCUGAUGAUGGCGAUUGUCCUUCUCACCUAUCAUCACUAGCAUCGUUAUUAGUACCUUCAUUUCCCUUUAUUAUCCGUCCGUUUGUGUGUUAGUGUGUUGGUGUUUUUCUCUUCCUUGUGUUUUCCUUUCUCGUUUUUUCCUUCGUUGCUUUUCCUUCAUUAUCUCUCCCUUCAUUAUUUCUAUGCUCCUUUAUCCCUUUGUCAUCCGUCCGUUAGUGUGUUGGUGUUUUUCUCUUCCUCGUGUUUUCCUUUCUCGUUUUUUCCUUUGUUACUUUUCCUCCAUUAUUCCUCCUUUAUUAUAUCUAUGCACUUCUCUCUCCUUCAUGUUCUGGUCUCUCUCUCUCCUCUCUCCUCUUUUUUUUUCUCCCACUCUCUGGUCUUUCCUCCCUUUCCUCUUGUCUCCUCUUUCCUCUUCCCUUACCCUCUUUCCUCUAUUCCCUUGUUCCCUCUCUCCAUUUUCCUCUUCUUUUUCCUCUUCCUACUCCCCACUCAGUCUUCUUUCCUCUCCCUUUUCCUCCUCCCUCUCCCUCUCUGUCUUCCUUUCCCUUGCCUUCUCUUUCCUCUCUUUCCUUUCCCUCUCUCCCCUCUCAAUCUGCUUUCCUCUCCCCUCUCUCUUCUCCUUCUCUCCCCUCUCCCUCUCUCCCCUCUCAGUCCUCAGCGGUGGGUCUUGUUGUCUUGUUAUGCUCACACUUAGAACACUUAAUUAAGGGGAGCUUCUUUACCCUUUGUUUAGAACACUUAAGGGGAACUUCUGUACCCUCUGUUUUUAUUUAGUGAGGAAAAGACUUAGUGGCUGGUUUGCUGUAUGUGUUUCUUUAGUGUUUCUUUGGUGUAUCUUUAGUGUUUCUUUAGUGUUUCUUUGAUGUUUCUUUUGUUUCCUUUUAGAAUUUUAUGGUUCUGAGUAGAUGAGGAAUAGAAUGAUGUAUAUUUUUUUUGUUAGAUGUUAGAAGAAAUACUUAAUGGGUGUUCUUAUAUUUUUUCUUAAUUAUUCUUGUUUUCAUUCUUCUUCUUCUCUUCAUUUAUCAUCCUUAUUUUCCCUCCUGUUUUAUUUGUCUUUCUCUCAACAUAUUUUCGGUCCAGAGAAAACUUAAACUAAUAUAUAUUCUGUGUUAUCUGAGUUAAAAAAGCUGAUUAUUAUGAAGUACAAGAUAUUUACGUCCAAGGAAGCUUAUGAAAGAGUAGAUAGAGAAGUAUUUUAAUAUAUUUUUAUAGAAGGAGGUAAUAGAUUUUGCUUCUUUAUGCUACGAGGUGUGUGUGUGUGUGUGUGUGUGUGUGUGUGUGUGUGUGUGUGUGUGUGUGUGUGUGUGUGUGUGUGUGAAGGUCAUGGACGGUGGAAUUAAUUAGAGUUGAUGAAGAGAAAAAAGAGAAGAGGAAAAGGAAGAGAAUGGAAGUGCAUGUGUAUGUGUGUGUGUGUGUGUGUGUGUGUGUGUGUGUGUGUGUGAGAGAGAGAGAGAGUCAUAUCAAAUCUAAGAACACUAUCAGAAGCAAGAAUAUUGUUUUAAAAAGAUUGUAAUAAUAAUAAAUUUUAAUCCAUU